AUGUUAUCGGUGUUGAUCGAUCGAAAGUCUUAUCAGAAAGAACAAUCAUUGAUAAAGAGAGAGAGAAAGAAAGAGUGAGUCAGAUACAAUGGCGAAAAAGGCGGUACUGAUCGGAUGCAACUAUCCGGGAACCAAGGCUGAGCUCAAAGGAUGCAUCAACGACGUUUGGCGGAUGCACAAAUGCCUCGUCGACCGUUACGGUUUCUCGGAGGAUGACAUCACCGUCCUCAUCGACACCGACGACUCCUACACUCAGCCAACCGGCAAGAACAUACGCUCCGCCCUCUCCCGCCUCGCGUUCGUCCACUACAGCGGCCACGGCACCCGCCUCCCCGCCGAGACCGGCGAGGACGAUGACACUGGCUAUGACGAGUGCAUUGUUCCUUGCGAUAUGAACCUCAUCACUGAUGAUGAUUUCAGGGAAUUUGUAGACGGGAUCCCAAGAGGUUGUAAGCUCACAAUUAUCUCAGAUUCUUGUCACAGUGGUGGCCUAGUUGAAGAAGCUAAGGAGCAGAUAGGGCAUAGCACAAAGGAGGAAGAUGCUGGCUCUGGCUCCGGCUCAGGGUUUGGAUUAUCAAGCUUCCUACACCGGAAGGUGGAAGAUGCCAUCGAGUCUCGUGGGAUUCAUAUCCCCUCAUCAUUGAAGCAUCAUGGUAGACACAGGGAUGACGAUGAAGCUGAAGACAGGGAUCUUGAACUUCCGCGUGGUGAAUAUGGCUAUGUAAAGAACAGGUCUCUGCCACUUUCAACUCUCAUUGAUAUACUCAAGCAAAAAACUGGUAAAGAUGAUAUAGAUGUUGGGAAGCUGAGACCUACACUCUUUGAUGUUUUUGGGGAAGACUCUAGCCCUAAAGUAAAGAAGUUCAUGAAUGUUAUCUUCAGCAAACUCCAACAAGGUGGUGGAGGUGGAGAACAGGGUGGAUUCUUGGGGAUGGUGGGUAGUCUUGCCCAAGAGUUUCUCAAGCAGAAGCUGGAUGAGAAUGAUGAGGGAUACGCAAAACCUGCCAUGGAGACACCUGUUGGAAACAAGCAUGAGGCAUACGCCGGAUCAACUAAGCGUGGCUUUCCUGAUGGUGGGAUCCUGAUGAGCGGCUGUCAGACUGACCAGACUUCGGCCGAUGCAAGUCCUGCUGGACAUUCUGCCAGUGCUUAUGGAGCUUUUAGCAAUGCAGUACAGGCUAUAAUUGAGGAGACUGAUGGUAGAGUUACAAACCAUGAGCUUGUUCUGAAGGCUAGAGAGAAGCUCAAGCGAGAGGGAUUCACUCAACAACCUGGACUCUAUUGCAGCGACCACCAUGUUGAUGUUCCCUUUGUUUGUUGACCUGUUCUCCCAUCUUAUUCUGGCAUGGAAUAAUGUUGUGUGUUGUGUGCUUGGAAUGCUUAUGAAUUACUUUCGUUGAACUAUAGAUGCUGUACAAUAUGAAUAUGUACUUCAACUAUAAUGUCAAUUAUCAUUUUAUAUCCCAAAA